CGCAGAUUUUAAAAGUCAGAAAGAGCUAGAACAGCCACGGACACACCGAGAGCAACGAGUUCGUUUAAAGGCGCGCACUCCGAGUCUACGCGCGACAGUUAAACGACAUUUCAUCCCGCGAGAAGAGGAACGGACAGAGCAUAAACUCUAUUUGCGUCCUCUGCACCGGAUGAUCUCACGAACAUGGAGCUGUCAUCAAUAGGAGAACAAGUGUUUGCCGUGGAGUCAAUAACGAAAAAGAGGAUAAGAAAGGGAAAUGUGGAAUAUCUCUUGAAGUGGCAAGGAUGGUCUCCCAAGUACAGUACCUGGGAACCAGAAGAUAACAUACUGGACCCUCGUCUUGUCCUUGCUUAUGAAGAAAAAGAAGAGAGGGAAAGGGCACUGGCUUAUAAGAGGAAAGGCCUGAGACCACGUCACGUUGUCUUGCGGAACAUCUACCCGAUGGACUUACGAAGCGCCCACAAGAUUUCAGAAAAAAACAGCCCGAGAAUCCGCCUGUCACUCACCCGAUCCAUGGGGACGGAAAUUGAUCAGAAUGGGCGGCGCUGUAGAGAGAAACGCAAGAACAGGCACUGCCGGUCCAAAUUUGUAGGUGACAUAAAGCCAUUCCGGCAACCAAACAGAAGCCCAGUUACUACGAAAGACUCUAACGAGAAAGACUGGGAUGGAGAUGAGGAAGACGAUGAAGAUGAGCAGAAGAAAAAGAGGAAGAUGAUGACAAACGAGGAAGAAAACGCAACAGAUUUGCACCAGGACAUUCCAAGUGGCCACGAGCUCUCCGAGGGGUACAACUCCUCGACAGAACAAGAAUCUAUAAUCACGUUCAGAAAAACUGAGAACAGCUCGUCCAGUUUUGACUCUUGUGAAAAGCCGAGCGAGGACACCUGCCCAAUGAUAGGUCCAGUUUUAGGAGCAACCGAUGGAUUUGAAAACAGUACAAUCACAGAAACACAAAAGAACGAGCCAGUCGCAAACACUGCAAGGGGUGACGAUUCAGUACAGGUAUCACAUGACACAACAAGCACUGACCAAUCACUACUAAACAACACCAGUUCAGAAACUAAAGAUGAAGGUAUGCUUCACAAAGUACAAAACAGACCAUCCGUAAUCGAGGUACAUUCCAGCGCAGAAAAGUUAAAAGAAACAGGUCAGUUAGACGUUUCGGAGGUCAAAGAAAAGAAAGACAUUGAUGUCGAGGUCACGGCAGAAUGCACAGCACUGUUACAGGUCCCGACCGACCAAUCACAGGCUUCUUCCAUCACCGAAGUGCAUACCGGGAAGGUUAUUGUGACUCAGGUGACACUUAAUUCCCUGACCGUGACUUUUAAAGAGGCCACGAGCGCAGAAGGAUUUUUUAGCCACAGUGGGGUGUAAGUCGACAAAGCAACAAGAGACCAUCACAAUAGUUUACUGUAAAUGUAGUCAGGACCAAGUGACUUCUGAAUAAUACGAUUCAAAGUAGUGAAGCAGAUAUCGUCCGUCUUAGCGAGGUAAGGACACCUCACAGACUUUAUUUGUCCUCGUGUCGUCGUCGUAGUCAAGUGAAGGGCAACAUUUCUGAUCCUAUUCAGUAAUGCUGUAAAAGUGAAGACUUCCAUAGCAUGCAACAGAAAAUCUCCACAUCUGUACCACUACUUUUCCAUCAGCAGCUGUUAUUGCACUAAACAGGGAGAAGAACGAUUUGUUUAUUCGUAGUUGUUAUCCAGAGACAAAACUACUGUUUCAUUGCCUCUUUUGUCCCGCGAGCAACCAGGUUGUAAAGAGAAGAGCCGCCUGGCUUUGUUUUCAGAUGUUCGCCUGAGCUCUUGUCGCUGUUCUGUGGCCUUUGUGCAUUUUUAAAGAGACUGUAUUGGUUUACAUUCACAACUGCUACAGCGGAUGCUUUUGUAGGGCUAGAAACUGUUCUGAAAUUGAACACAUGUGAGUUAGGUGUUGCUUUAAGCAUGGCAGAAAUCAAAGCAGAGCUUAAAUGUGACCCUGGACCAAAAAAAACAGUCAUGGGGGUUAAAAUGUUGAAUAAAUAAGAGCUUCCAUUAAUGUAUGUUUGUUAGGACAGGACAAUAUUUGGCCGAGAUGCAACUACUUUAAAAUCUGAAAGUGCAAAAAAAAUCUAAUUAUUGAGACCUUUUUUAUCGCAUUUGGCAUAAAAAAACGAUAAUUUUGACCCAUACAACGUAUUCUUGGCUAUUGCUACAAAUAUACCCGUGCAGCUUAUGACUGGUCUUGUGGUCCAGGGUCACAAAUUAUGUUUUGGUUGUGAUUAUAGCUGAACAUGGCUUGUCAGAUUUGUGGUCACACAACUACACUUUUUGCUUGUAUUUACACUAAAUAAAAAUUAAGAAAAUGUU